CUGUUUACUAGCAAGCAGACAGAAGCAUAUGGCAGAUAAAGACUGUGUUUGCUGAUAGCUGCAGCAAAAGUGUUCAAGAAAUACAAAGAUGAGGAUGCAGACUUUGCUCUUGGUGUUGCUGGUGUUUGUGUUCGGGCAACAUGGCAGCACCUCCCCUAUGCCCACUGAAUGCCAGGACGCCGCCGUGGUAAAAGCAGCUGAGGAGACUCUAGAGCAGAUAAACCUAGACAGGCAGGAAGGGUAUGUCCUCUCACUGAACCGAAUUUAUGAUGUCAAACAGGACAUAAAGGCAGAAGGCGUGAACCAGUUACACCUGACGAUUGAUGUUCUGGAAACACAAUGUCAUGUGAUCAGCAGGAAAAAGUGGAAAUCUUGUUCUGUUAAGGGGAUCGGCAAUCUACCGGUGUUUGGGACAUGUGGCGCUUCGGUUUCCCUUCAGAGCCCCAUCAAAGUUGAGAAUUACAACUGCACCAUCCAACAAGUGGCAGCUCGAGAUAUAGUAAACACUUGCCCCGACUGUCCAACUGCAGAACGCUUAGAUGAUCCAGUUAUAUCUGAGACCACGAGACUGGCCUUGCAGAAAUUUAACAAAGAGAACGCUUCCCCACAUUUCUUUGCUCUUCUGAAUAUAACAUCAGCCAGCAUGCAGUGGGUCGUGGGUCCGUCUUACUUUGUGGAGUUCACCAUUCAAGAGACUGACUGCAAGAAAAGCACUGCUGAUAUCGACCUCACGCAAUGCAAGCUGAAGGACUCAGCGUCAGCUCAAAAGGGGUUUUGCACUGGUUCACACUUCAACGCUGAAGACGGGCUCGAGAUGAAGGUUCCUGUUGAGGUCAAAUGUGAAAUCUUUCAACCAACUGCUGUUCAGCAAGGACCUUUUGGAUCAGUACAUGUUCUGUCUCCUCCACCCAUCCAAUCUGCCCCCAGAGCCCAGCCCAUGGCCAGCAACUGCCCGGGGGAGAGACGACACAACCUUGGACUGACAGAGCUGAAUCUCUGAUUGAAAUCACUUGAAACCUGGCCAUACAGUUUAAACAAACACUGUAGAUGUUCACAUUUCCCAAAAGACAAAUGUGUUGGCAUUAUCAGAUCUAGAUUUUUUGCACAGGAACAUUGUAAAAUUUCUGUGUAGUUGUCUGAAUAAAGUGCACAAGGAAGAAUGUUCACAAGGCAUUUUAAUAAACACGGCAAACAAAGCAACUGUCACGCAUAGUUGUCAAAACAGACAAUGAUGAAGAACAUUAACUCAUUCCCCGCCAGCUUUUUUUACCAGCCACUGCCAGCAUUUUUGGUGAUUUUCACCUAAAUUUGAUGGCCCUCAGAAUAUUUUCUACUAUGAAUAUAUGAACAUAUUAUAUAUCAAAAUAACGAUCAGAGCCUCUGCUUUUAAACAAGCAAAAAAUAAGUAAAUAAAUAAAUGUAUUCUAUCUUUA